CUUCGCAGCUUUUGAAGUGGCGGCGCCGCAGCGCCCGACCGCGUGUCGAAAUGCCAUAUUCUAACGAGUAUAAAAAGAUGAGCCCAGAUCUAUGGCUACACAUUCCUCAAGUUACCUCGAUUCAGAGCACCCGAUCACUCCAAAAUCAACAUGAAAUUGUUCGUAGUCCUUGCUCUAGUGGCGGUAGCGGCGGCGGCGCCCCAGGACAGGUCCGCCAGGCAGGCCUACGACGACGUACAGACCCUGCGGUAUGAGUCUGACAACAUCGGUCUCGGACAAUACAGAUACGGGUACGAGCAAUCCAACGGGCAGAGGCACGACGAGACCGGAGAGCUAAAGAACGCCGGACAGGAGAACGAGUCGCUGGUGGUCCGCGGGUCCUACUCGUGGGUGGGUCCCGACGGAGUCACCUACACCGUCACCUACCUGGCCGACGACAACGGCUACCAGCCCACCAUCGAGCAGGGCCCCGGCGGCGGAGUGCCCCCGGCUGUCGUCGCCUCCCUCCUCGGUUAAAUUAAAAAAAGCAACAUUAGAAUAAGAAAAUACUAGUCCAAUUGAAUUAAAAGUGUACAAAUUUUAUGUUGAAGAAAGUAUUGAAAAGUGCUCUGAUUAAAUAACACCGAAUCGUA